AUGGUGACGUGGGCGUUUGCUCUGUACCUCGGGGCCAAGCUUCGACAGGUAUGGCAUCAGAGGCUGGCGCUGGGCGAGGAGGAGUUGUCGGGCGGAAGACUCGAGGUCAUCGCUACCCCCGAUCGCCACGACUAUGCCGAGGUCAACAGCGCAGGUUCCCCCGAUGUGGCAGCGGUCCGCGGGGCGGCGGGUUUCCCCGUGGGGCCCGACGGCCUCCCGCCGAACGACGUCUACAGGUUCAGGUCGGAGCCGACGGCGGCGGAGGUGGCGGGUUCCACGGCGGCCGCGGUGGCCGAGGCAGCGGCGGAGGCGGCGGCUCUGGCCGCGGCACAGGGGCUUGCCGUCACGGCGGACGCCGCGCAGUGCCUGGUUCCAGUGGCCCCGCCCAAGUUGCUGGCCGGAGUUGGUGGGACGGCCGUGCCUGUUGCGGCAGCGGCGAUCGUGCCCGUGGCUGCGGGCGCUCCCCCCGCGGCCAUUCCUCCCGCGCAGGUGCCUCCGCCCGUGGGGCCGCGCCAGGGCGUCGGAGCUACCUACGGCGGGCACGAGCUGGAGGACGAGGUGCAGCGUGUGGCCGGGCCAGCGGCAGUCGGGACCAAGGACCUCCACGGGCUCGCCGACGGCUCGGGGCUGUUUGUGAUCAACCUCAGGCCCGACGAGGAGUAUUUCUUCGGCGGGAUCGUGGCGGCCGACGCGCGGACUCUCCCCGCGUGUCGGGACAAACUCGGCCGUCGCGAGCGGAGCUGGGCGGACAUGCGCGCGGCGGUCACGCGGGAUGAUUUCGGCAAGGAGUGGAUCCCCCUUGGCGUCCGCACGGCGGCGUGGUGCCUGGAGCCCAUCAACGCCGAAGGGGGCAGCCUCGACGGUCAUCGCGAUCGAUUCGGGUCUGUGUGCCGCCUUGAGCCGAAUGCCUGGGGCUUGGGCGAACACUUUCACCUCGCGGUGGCGGUCAAGGCAGCGCUCCUGGUCGACCAGCUGGACGGGGCCGACCUGGUGGCGAUCGAGAUGCUGCCGCGACGCGUGCAGACGAUCGAGUUUGACCAUCUCGAGCGGGCGAAGGAGGCGGAGUCCAAGGGCUACAGCGGACGUCUCAGCCAGGAGGAGCAGCAGGCCUUUGCGGGUCUCAGUCAAGGCUUGGGCCCUCCCAUGAUCUGCCCCAAGGCGCUGGGGGUCGUGCGUGCCAACGUGGAGCGGGAGGCGCAGCUCAACGAGGCCCUUCGGCAGGGUCGCGAGGAGCGCGAAGCCGUCCGCAAGAAGGGGGACCAGGGCUGA